UUUACAUGCAGCUAAAGGCCUCAUUUUCAUAUUAUUUGGCCGAAUGGGAGAAGAGACGGAUGGAGCAAGAUAUCUUUGAGUUGAGAGAGACUGCAGGAAUGACUGCAGCAAGGAAGAAAACUAUGCUUGUGCCUAGAACCUUGUUACUCCUGGACUCCUCCAUAGAACAAAUGGGUGCUCUGUGGGAGCACCGGGGAUGCCCUCUCAGUGCAGAUGCAGGAGCAGCUGGAGUGAUGGCCGCGCACAUGGUUUAGCAGGAGCCGCGGUUCCUAGGAGACCAAGUAGUGAGCCCCAGAGGGGGAGGGUAAAGGGGAGGAGGAGGAGUGGGUUGCCGCUUUUAGCAGCUGAAAGGGCUGCAGGGAGCUCUGGGUAAGACAUUUUCUUCAGCUGCUGCUGCCGCCGCGGCCACUGGCGGCUCUGCAGUGUUAGCUGCUAGGAGAGAAGCAAAGGAGAAAGGAAGGAAGGUUGGAGGAAAGAGGAUCCAAUUGCAGCCAUGCUGAAUCACUGUCCCUGAUUCUAUCCCCUUCCAACCUGGACUUCCAUUCUCAUUCUCUCUCUUCACUGGCUGCCUGGGAACCGCGGGUGAAGAGGACUUGUAAGCCGGGCUGGCAGCCGGGUUUCGUGCCGGACCGGACGCCGCAAUGGAGGGGGAAAGCAUAAAGUCAAGUUCCCAAUCCCUGGUGGAAUGUGAGGAUGAAGAGAAGGACCAGAGGACAAUUACAAUUAAUCCUGCCCACAUGGGAAAGGCAUUCAAGGUUAUGAAUGAACUACGGAGUAAGCAGCUGUUGUGUGAUGUGAUGAUUGUGGCUGAAGAUGUCGAGAUUGAAGCCCAUCGGGUAGUGCUGGCUGCCUGCAGCCCCUACUUCUGUGCAAUGUUUACAGGUGACAUGAGUGAAAGUAAAGCCAAGAAGAUUGAAAUUAAAGAUGUGGAUGGGCAGACGCUGAGUAAGCUGAUUGACUACAUAUAUACAGCUGAAAUUGAGGUGACAGAAGAAAAUGUCCAGGUGCUGCUGCCGGCAGCUAGUUUGUUACAACUAAUGGAUGUCCGGCAAAAUUGUUGUGAUUUUCUCCAGUCUCAGUUACAUCCCACCAACUGUCUUGGCAUCAGAGCUUUUGCAGAUGUGCAUACCUGCACAGAGCUCCUGCAGCAGGCCAAUACUUAUGCAGAGCAGCAUUUCCCAGAAGUGAUGUUGGGUGAAGAAUUUCUGAGCCUUAAUCUGGACCAGGUGUGUAGCUUAAUAUCCAGUGACAAGCUUACAGUUUCUUCGGAAGAAAAGGUUUUUGAAGCUGUGAUUUCCUGGAUAAAUUAUGAGAAAGAAACCCGCUUGGAACAUAUGGCUAAGCUAAUGGAACAUGUCCGUCUUCCCCUCUUACCAAGAGACUAUCUUGUCCAGACAGUUGAAGAAGAAGCUUUGAUUAAGAACAACAACACGUGUAAAGACUUCCUCAUUGAAGCUAUGAAAUACCACUUGCUGCCUUUGGAUCAGAGGCUGUUGAUAAAAAACCCAAGGACUAAGCCAAGAACUCCAGUCAGCCUGCCGAAGGUUAUGAUUGUAGUGGGAGGCCAAGCUCCCAAAGCUAUCAGAAGUGUUGAAUGUUAUGAUUUUGAGGAAGACAGAUGGGAUCAGAUUGCAGAACUUCCUUCAAGGAGAUGUAGAGCAGGAGUGGUGUUUAUGGCUGGAAGCGUUUAUGCUGUGGGGGGCUUUAAUGGCUCCCUUCGUGUUCGGACCGUUGAUGUGUAUGAUGGUGUGAAGGACCAGUGGACGUCCAUUGCCAGUAUGCAGGAGCGCCGGAGCACGCUAGGCGCAGCUGUGCUCAACGACCUUCUCUAUGCAGUGGGAGGAUUUGAUGGUAGCACAGGUCUUGCAUCAGUUGAAGCCUACAGCUACAAAACAAAUGAAUGGUUCUUUGUGGCCCCUAUGAACACAAGGAGAAGCAGUGUGGGAGUAGGUGUUGUGGAAGGAAAGCUGUAUGCUGUUGGGGGUUAUGAUGGGGCUUCCCGCCAGUGCCUCAGUACUGUGGAACAGUACAACCCAGCGACCAAUGAAUGGACAUAUGUGGCAGACAUGAGCACACGCCGCAGUGGAGCAGGGGUUGGGGUACUCAGUGGGCAGCUGUAUGCCACAGGUGGGCAUGAUGGACCCUUGGUGAGGAAGAGUGUAGAGGUUUAUGAUCCUGGGACAAAUACCUGGAAGCAAGUUGCUGAUAUGAACAUGUGUCGGCGAAAUGCAGGUGUGUGUGCAGUGAAUGGGCUCUUGUAUGUGGUGGGAGGUGAUGAUGGUUCCUGCAAUCUUGCAUCUGUGGAGUACUACAAUCCUGUCAGUGACAAGUGGACGCUGCUGCCCACAAACAUGAGCACAGGCAGAAGUUAUGCAGGUGUUGCUGUGAUUCAUAAGCCAUUAUGACAAAAAUUCACCCUGCCAAGAGGUGGAGGACAGGAGGAAAUGCUGCUUGGGUUUCAUAACACUGUGGAUCAGAACUGAUUUGUUUCAGCUUGUCACAUUGUCAUAUUCCACGGGACAAGAAAAUAUGACGAGAGCUAAGCCUCUGCUCUGGCUUGGCUGUGAGUAGUGACACAGUGUGAGAACACCUUCUCCCUUCUGCCCCACCUAUCCCAUCAAACUCAUCCUCCACCUCACCUCGUGUGCAUUUUUCUCCAUUUUGUGCAAUGAACUGUCCCUUACCCUUACCCCAUAAGUGGCCUCCAAAUAGGGGACUACUGUGUUUUUCAUAUUUCCACAAUGACACUGGAGAAAUUGUAAUUCUGUGUAAAACACCAUGCUUUAUAACAAGGUAGGUGGGUGAAAGUCUACUGAAUUUCUUUACUACUGAUAUUGCAAAUAUGCUAAAACUCAAGGGAUGGAAAAUGCCUGCUCUGGACUCACUCUAUUGGUUUAGUUGGAAGUGACCCUAAGACUCUGAAGAGAUCUUCUUCUAGAGACAGAAUCAGAUGAUCACUUGUCUCCCGAGGAAAACUGAGGAAAUGGAAAGCUUCGUUACCUUUGUCACCUGAGGACCAGGCAGAGUUCUAGUGACUGUGUAUAUAUACAUUACUUGCCUACUGUAAAUUUAUUCUAUAGAAGAACCGUGUCAUUUUGGGAGCUGGAUUGUGCUCUUUCUUUGCUAGUCACUAUGAUUAUGUUCACAAGCCACACCUCAAAAGAGCACCAAAGGCACCCUAGGAGGGGUCUUCCAUGUCUAAGAAGCCCCCAUAUCAAUGUUGGAAACUCCUAAAGCAAUGCUGCCUCAAUAUCUUGGUUUUUUUUUCCUUACUUCUUUUAAAAGGAAAACACAUAUACCUACAUCUGACAAUGCAAAUUGGCCUCUUGCCUUCUUGGGGUUUCCUAAUACCCAUAAAAAGAUCAUAGAAAAUGGUGUGACCUCAGCCACAGAGCUAGUUUUCAUGACUAUCUAAAACCAUGAAGGUGUAUUUCAUCCCCGAAUGCCUAACAUGGUGCUAUAAGGAGCCUGCUGUCUGACUGGUGCUGCUAUUCUGUAAAAUCUCCAGGCUGUGGAUUGUGACUCCAGCUGGAGUCAAAUCCAGAUCUAGAUUUACAGUGCCUCUGUAUACACAUACUAUAGCUGUAGGUCUAGACCCUAGAGGACCCCAGUUGUAGAACCUUUUCUAAUCUAUGACCAGUCACCUUCCACAGGGGCUCCCCAGCUUGGCUGACACCAAAAAUCUCAGGAGGUAGACUCUAACACUGGGUUCUCUGACAGCUUUUGGAAGUUUGUGGGGGUUCUAGGUUUUAGGGAUUGCACAUGGAUCACUUCCACCAGGAAAAGUAGCUCUUUAAAAUGGCUCUCAGGAAAGAAACUGACAGGCACCCAGUCUUUGUCCAUCGUGACUUCAGAGACAAAAGGGAGUCUCCAUUGGGUAUCAGGAGAAGAUGGGCAAUUUCAGACUAAUUAUCCUAGUCAGGUUCAGCCCUUGAAUUGUGACACUGAUGAAGUUGGUCUGAACUCCUGCAUUCCCUUUCCACAUUUCUGUGCCUCCUUUCCUCUCCUCACUCAAGCUUCCAUUGCUUCCUGAACUUCCUCUUAAAUAGAAGAGUCAGAGGUGUUAGGGUCUUUAUGAGUGAUUUUUCCUGAGGCGCUGGCACUUUAAGAGAGGUAAUGCUUAACCCCAAGGAAUAAAUCAUAAAUCACUAAUGGUUGAAUUUUAGGUAUCAAUUGGGGAGGUGCUUUUAUGUGGUCUUCUGAAUCCCUCAUAUCACAUCAAAAGAGGCAGCUGCCUACUUUAUCUACACAUAAAGCCAGCCUGAUGCCAGCAUUUGGCUUUUUUCUUGGGGAGUCUUUGGAGCCACGUGAUAUUUCAGGGCAUGAUCAAUAGGCCCAAAAGACCUGGUAUAGCCAUGGUUAUUAAAAAAAAAAAAAAAAAAAAAAA